CACCUUGGAUUAUCCGCCGCUCUGCGAGACCUCCCCCCUCUUCCCUCCCAAUUAGUUUCCUGGAAGUUUCUGUGUUGAAGAUUUCAUGAGUGUCCUGAUUCACCCUUUGAUAUCAGUUGAGCGAUUCAACACCAAUUCUCCAACAUGAUGCACCCAAAGGAGGAGUCUUACUCAAAACCGCUCGCCGAGAGAGCCGACGAGUCCGAGGAGGACCUCGAGUCUCUCCCGUCAGCCCCCGACGCGAGGGAGCACGGCGUACAUCGCAGACGGGUCUGGGGAUAUGCCGCCGCCGCCGCCGUCUUCAUCGUCUCCAACAUCAUCUCGGCACGUGUCGGCGCGCACCUCGCCUCAAGCUCGACGAACCUCGACAGCGCCUGUGCGGCUCAUACCACUCAGUGGUCGCCCGUGCUCCAAAACGUCGACGUCAAGUAUGACUGGAAGCACUUCAAUGGAUCCUUCAUGCAGGAGGACAUCUUCCGGAAAGAAGCAUCGCCCGAGGUUGAUGCUGCGUGGGAGUCGAUGGGCGUUGACUACCGCGCUGGAGUCAUCUCCAUCGAAGACGGCCUCAAGAGUGGGCUCGACAUGUCCUUUGUGAGGAGGUCGGAGAAAUACGGCGCUGGCUUCUUCGUCAACGUCGAGGGAAUGCACCACCUGCAUUGUCUAAAUCUUUUGCGGAAAUCUCUCUACUACAACUACGACUACUACAAGGAAAUGGGCACCCACGCGUUUGCCAACGAAGAAAACAUUGUCCGCCUUCACGUCUCGCAUUGUCUGGAUACGAUCCGCCAGGUGCUGGUCUGCAACGUCGACACAGGGGUACUGGGCCAGGUCUGGGCCAACGAUCCUCCCUCACCCUUCCCCGACUUCAACACAAAACACAUGUGCAAGAACUACGAGGCGAUCCAGCAAUGGGCCGAGAAACUCCAGGCUCCCCCGGUCGAUGGCCUCCCUGGCGACUACACAGCACCUCCAAGGCCCGGCGAUGUUAUUCCCCAGACACCGUAGUCGCAAUCUGAUGAGAGAAAUAAUCUUUAAAAGGAAUGAUUUCAAAGCCCCCAAGUAGUAAGAAGCAUAGUAAAAAAAAAAUAGUAAAAUAGACGCCGCAGCCUGACGCAGUACCAAGUCAAGUCGGGUCUCUGACUUCCGUGCCGGCGCAGCCAUUGAACU